AUGCAGUCACUACUUAGGCCGACAUUUCGUGGACUAAAUCUAUGUGGACUGCGGAGUUUUAGCUCUGUCAAAGUCUUACUUAACAAAAACAUAAACUUGGAAAGAGAAUUAGACAAACUAGCCGAUAUAACAGCAUCAAUCGAGCAAAAAAAGAUUCCUGAAGUUCCCCAGGAUCUAGUUGAUGAGGCACAUUUGCUUAGUGAGUUGAAAAACUUUCAUCCAAAGGUGAUGACUGAGCAUGCGGAGAUUCCAGGGCUAAAAAGACCAUUACCCCUUAGUGCAGAAUUAAACUACUAUGCACCUUUUAAAAACAAGGUAGAGUACGGAGAUUUGAAGGCAGAGGUGAUAUUCAAAUGCUAUGAUCCCCGGAAUUUGGAAUUCUUUUGCAAUUUUGCACUUAGAGUGGCAUACUACCUAGGAAUUCCAGCCACAGGACCAAAACCACUUCCGGUGAGAAGAGAACGAUGGACAGUCAUUAGAGCUCCAUUUGUUCAUGCUAAGUCGAAAGAAAACUUUGAGCGGAGGACAUACACUCGUAUGCUACGCCUUUGGGAUGCAAAUGAGCGUGUGGUGGACACAUUUCUUGCGUAUAUUAAGGAAAACUCUGUUUGGGGUGUUGGUGUAAAAGUGAAUAUGUACGUGCGGGAGGCAUUAAAGCCAUCCAAACAAUCGCAAGAGCAGCCAGGCGGUGAAAGUCGCGAGACAAAUGGUAUUUCUGGUGCCUUGGAUGCACUUUCUAACAAUUCCGGUAAUCCAAUUGCUUCUAAAGUUCUUGAUUUACUUCAAGACCCAGCUUUUACCAGACAUAUGUCCCCGGAAGAACUUUCUGAGGUUAAGCAUAUGGCUGCAAAGCCGGAGGAUAAAAACUAA